ACGUGUUGGGGGAAGCGGGAAGGUGUCGUUCCUCUUUCCCCGCCUCCCCCGUCCGCCAUGUUUUCUGGCCGGGUCAUCCUUGGUCUUUCCGCGUAAGGAAAUGGCCGGGGGGUUUCAGAGAACCCAGGCGCCGUUGCCUCGGAGGAGCCCGGGCUGACGAGGCCGGGCAGCGGGGUAAACCGGAGCAGUUCUGCGCGGGGUGGGGAGGCCAUGGCGUCCAGCAGCAACUGGCUGUCGGGGGUGAAUGUCGUGCUGGUGAUGGCCUACGGGAGCCUGGUGUUUGUGCUGCUGUUCAUUUUUGUGAAGAGGCAAAUCAUGCGCUUUGCAAUGAAAUCCCGAAGGGGACCUCACGUCCCUGUGGGACACAAUGCCCCCAAGGACUUAAAAGAGGACCCAAUUGAUAUCUGUGAAACUGGAAGCAAGGACUUAAAAGAGGAGAUUGAUAUUCGACUGUCCAGGGUUCAGGAUAUCAAGUAUGAGCCUCAGCUCCUUGCGGAUGAUGAUGCAAGACUGCUGCAGCUGGACACCCAGGCAAAUCAGAGUUGCUACAACUACUUAUACAGGAUGAAAGCUCUGGAUGCCAUCCGUGCCUCUGAAAUCCCAUUUCAUGCUGAAGGCCGGCAUCCCCGUUCCUUAAUGGGCAAGAAUUUUCGCUCCUACCUGCUAGAUCUUCGAAACACUAGUACUCCUUUCAAGGGUGUGCGCAAGGCCCUCAUUGAUACCCUGCUGGAUGGCUAUGAAACAGCCCGCUAUGGGACGGGGGUCUUUGGCCAGAGAGAGUACCUGCGCUAUCAGGAGGCCCUGAGUGAGCUGGCCACAGUGGUCAAAGCACGAAGUGGGAACUCCCAGCGACAGCAUCAGUCAGCAGCCAAAGACCUAACCCAGUCUCCUGAAGUCUCCCCAACAACCAUCCAGAGUUUUCAAAGGUACCUGAUACUUAAGAAGAUGAUUAACAGGUGGCGAAAUGCACACACUCUCUGUCUGUGGCAGAUGACAUUGAGCCAGAGGAGAAACCCUUAUAUUACUCUGAGGAUUCAGGAUGCCAUGGUACAGGAGCUGGCACUGGCCAACAAGCAACUAUUGAUGGUCCGUCAAGCCGCCCUGCACCAGCUGUUUGAAAAGGAGCAUCAGCAGUACCAGCAGGAACUAAAUCAGAUGGGCAAAGCUUUCUAUGUGGAAAGAUUCUGAUGACAUCCGAAACACCGUCCUUCCAUUUUCUUCAUGCCCACUAACCUAAUCUUCUCGAGCUCCUGCCACCUUGAACUUCCUUCCCAAAACACACCUGGAUCUAGUUAUCUGCCCACAACUUAAGGUGGUGCUUCUACUCUCGCCUCUCAACCGCCUGGUGCUAUUUGGGAAACCAUCUAUGAAAAACUGAAAGAAAAAACCAAAACACCAAGAGUGACACCUUGUGGUCAGAAUGAGAGAUGUAGUGUUGAUGUAAGGUGGUGAGGGAAGAUGGAUAGACAAUGUGAGAGAAUCCUGAUUUGGUUUAAUAAAUAAGCUAGCUCUUAAAGCUUCAAACUUA